AUUUUGACAAGAAUUAUUCCUUUACAUUUUCGAUACUAAUUUGUGUGUAUGUUUUGGUCAUCUGUACAGUGAACAUACAAAAAGGCUGAGGGAGGACGCUGUGACGUCGCUUGGCUAGCGUGAUGGCGCCGCCGUUCUUAGCCUGCUUGCUGCCCGCCAAAUUUUAACGCCACGCUAGACGCGCUUCUCCUUUGCAAGCUCCCACUUCGACUAGCAAGGUAAAUUUCGACACACCGCCGCCCCGGCAUGCAUCACAGCCCAUCGAAUUCUUAUGGAAGGGCUGCGGUACACGAUGGAAAUCGAUGAAAAUGCCCCCGAGCGGGACGCGGCUCUCUCAUCCAGCCCGCUUAGCGACGCCGACAGCAGCUCCGGCAGCGACUCCGAUGAGCAGCCCAAGAUCGAAUGGCUUGCGACGGGCCGCGAGCGCCGGUCCACGGCGGGAAAUCGCAUGAAGUCGAUGCUCGCGAACGAAGAGGAACCAGAUUCGGAUUUGGAGCUGCUCUUUGCUGAGCAGGGCGACGACCAGGGCUUCUCGGACGUCGACGCGGCGGCUUCAGACGACCAGAUGGACUCAUCAUCCGACGAGGAAGAUAAUAAUAAUAAUAAUGACGCGGAAGAUCUGGAGGGAGAAAGGGAACUGGAACGACAGGUCAAAGAACGCCGUGCGGCACAGCGAAAGCGCAAAGCGCAAGAAGCGAUCCCUGUCAAGUUUCGUAAACGAGUUCGCAUCGAUACAGCUUCUGUGUCAUCGUCUGCCACAGCACGGCCGAAGAAGAAGUCUGAACGAGCCAGCUGGUUACCAGCAGUAGCCGACAUGCCAACACGAGCCUCAUCGCGAAAAACGACACGAAUCUCAAAAGAGCAGCUCCAUCAGCAAAUGGUGGAGCGCGAAGCGCGACGAUUGAAGCAACUAGCCCAGAUGGAAAAGAAACAAGCCAAAUUGGAAGCGAUGAAGAAGCCGCAAAUGACACAAGAAGAUAGGUUGCGAGAAGCAGCGAUCGUCGAAGAGCGCAACAGCAAAAGUCUGAACCGAUGGGAAGAGGCAGAGAAGCAGCGCGAAGAGGAACGACUGGCAAAGCUUGCAGCGCUAAAUAACAGAACGUUGAAGGGACCAGUCAUCACAUUUUGGAGCGGUGUUGGCCGCGUCGGCGACGGUUGGCUGAAGAAUGAAGGCUACCACUUUAUGAUUGAAGAAAAGCCAAAGAGGAAGCCAAAGCCACCAAAAGGAAAAGACAAGGAUAAUGAAAAAGGAAAGGAGGACGACGCUACAACGACUACAGAAGCCGGAGAUGCACCGAAGGGGGCUUUUAACCCGGACGACAAAAGUGUUAUUGUAGUGAAGCAGGAAGAUACAGCAGCCAAGGGUACGCCAGCACCGCAGACAGAAGACCAAACACCAAAACCUAAUACAGAGGUCGGCCAGCCAGAAGUAGCCACAAAUGGGGAUGCCAUGGUUAUUGAUGAGCCCGUCCCCAAAAAUGUGACGGAGAACACUGUGGAAGGGGCAGAGAAAACUACAGCAGCUGAAACGGACAAGCCUACGGAUAAGAACACAGAUGAUAAUUCCGCAGGGGCAGAACCGACGGCGACAUCAGAAGCUGAGAAACCAAACAAGGCGGAUGACCAGCCCGAGAAACCCACUUCUCCUCAAAAUGCAGCUGGGGCGGAAUCGAAAUCGAUUGAGGAGUCAACGCCAGCAGCAGCCAAGGAGAUUGAGCCAGAGUCGACAGCACCAGAUGCUAAACCAGAGUCCAAAACGGAUACCGCCGCUGACGAGACUCAACCGAAACCUUCAACGGAAGCGACUGGCGAGGCGUCAGUAGAAUCGAAAGACGCAAACACCACUGAAUCACAAGACGUCGCCAUGGCGGACGCUGCACCCGCUACAGUGACGGAAACAACCACCCCAGUACCCCCCCAACAGCCAGUGUCUUCUACAGAAACACCCAAGGAAGAUCAAGUGGUCGGUACACCACAAGCAACCGAUCCUGCGCAAUCUAUGGGACCCGAGUCGGUUCCUGUAAGCAAACUUACUAGCCAGCUCCCCUCCGAAGCGGCAACUCCUGUGGCAACAGCCCCAGAAGACACAUCGACAGGCGAGGCAACAACACGCAAUGCCAUCAUGUUCCAAAACUUCCAUGAGCCCGCCAUCCGAGAUAAGCAAACGCAGACGAUGCUGCUGUUUGGCCGCAAAAUGUCCAAGUUGCCCAAGCAGCCGCCGCCAGCGAUAUGCGGUGUGACCAACACGCUCGCACGUUACCGCGAUCCUGUCACCAAGAUUCCUUUUGCGACGGCAGCCGCGUAUGUCGAGCUACAGCGCCUGCAGAGUAGCCAGUACCAAUGGAGCAAGCUGUUGGGCUGCUGGGUUGGAAGCGGUACCGUCGCUGCCAAGGGCGUUCCAGAGCGUUUCUUGCGUACGGCAAGAUGCCCAACACUCGAAGAAGUAGAGCGCAUCCGAGCCAAAAAGGAGCAGAGAAUCGCAGCCGAGAAGGCAGAGAAGGAAAAGGCAAAUGAGCUGGAAAAAGCCGAAAAAGAGAAAAAGAAGGCCGCUGCCAAGGACAAGAAAAAGGGCGAUGCUGCUUCUGCGGCUGCCAAGACGGAGGGAACAGCAGAUGAUCCUACUGCUGCUACUGCUGCUGCGCCUGUAGAGGUAACUGCGCAGUAGGGAGAGAUGUAUGUACUAUUACGACCAUGUAGCAUUGUACCAACAGAAAUGAUAUCACGACUCUGUAUUACACGGAGAACAAAGAACAACAAGUCACACGAUUUUUAUCUUGAUC